AUGAAUAGCAUACAACCUAGUGAGCAAGUUUUAUUGUCAACGCCGAGGUCAAAGCUGCACAUUGACUUAAAGAUACCCAAUACACCAAGUAAAAAAUGUAAGUACUCACCCGGUUUCUUAGUAGAAGACAUCACACCUUCCAAACGUUUUCGGAUAUACCAAGCUCGAUUUAAGACAAGUUCAAAAAAUAUCAAAGCUCAAACUCUCAGCGUAUCGACGAAAAAGAGCCAAGAUGAAAUCACUAAUCCUUUUAUGACUGAAGGAUAUAACGACUACCACAAUAUUGUAAGCCCCGGCUUAAGCUUCGAUAAUGACUGCUUUUCGGAACAUGAAUCGGUUAGUCCAUUAAGUGACAUAUCUUCAAUAAUCUCCACAUCUCCUGAUGUUGAAAAGCUCGAUUCUAUAGAUCCUUUCGGCGUUGACCCUUUUGUCUGGAAUUGCAAACCUCUUGUCAAUAAGGAAGCAUUGGAGUUACAUAGGAUGAUUCAUUCUUCAUUUCCUAUGAACCCCCCAAAAUCAAAUAAUGACACCCCAUUACUAUUACCAAAACAAAAAGACAGACAGUCUCCAAUUGGCAGUCCUACUUUUAAACCAACCAAAUAUGAGCCUUCUCACCGGUUGCUGAAGCCCAAAAAAUCAAUUCUAACGAUACCCACCAAAUCUCUCAACCUCAUAGUGAGUUCAUCACGAGGCUCAUUAAACGAUGCCACUAUUUUUGCUACCGAGAUAAAUUCAUCCAUGAGUAAUGAAGAAAAUAAAUUACCAACAAUUUCUACUACCUGGGAAAAGCUUACAAUUCCAGUAAAUUCUUCAAUCAAGGAAAAAUACAAGAAGCUCAAGGACCAACUUUAUGGGCAUAACAGUAAUUUUGGUGAAGAUGAAGAAAACGAAGAGGAAGGGCUUCCUGAUGCGGCGGUAAUAAGAGGUUACGAAUUCGAGUCAGAAAGUUGCGACGAUCAAAAGUUAAGCAGCGAACUGGAGACUACGAAAGACUAUAAAAAAGUCAAAUGGGCACCAGUUUUGGAACAAUAA